CAGCCCGCCCCCACCACGGAGGUGCCCGGUGAAGCCUGGGAUUCUGAGUGUCUCCGCCCCACCUGUACAGCUGGCAGUGUGCUUCUGGGGGCAUAAGGACAGGCUAAGUAAGACAGGGACCCAGACGUACCUCUCUUUGCCCACCCCUCGUUUCCCGGCCCCAGGGCUGUUCCACCUCCAGGGUGUUUUCUCCUUGUCCCUGUCACCACCGGUCCCUGGCCCAACAUGAUACUGACCAAAGCCCAGUACGACGAGAUAGCUCAGUGCCUAAUAUCUGUACCGCCCACCAGGCAGAGCCUGAGGAAGCUGAAGCAGAGGUUCCCCAGUCAAUCGCAGGCCACUCUGCUGAGUAUCUUCUCCCAGGAGUACCAGAAACACAUUAAAAGAACGCAUAGCAAACAUCAUACUUCAGAAGCGAUUGAAAGUUAUUACCAGAGGUACCUGGAUGGAGUGGUGAAAAAUGGAGCUGCCCCAGUGCUCCUGGAGCUGGCCAAUGAGGUGGAGUAUGCACCCUCACUAAUGGCUCGGAUUGUACUGGAGAGGUAUCUACAAGAACGUGAUGAAACUCCACCCUCCAAGUCUGUUAUAAAUAGUAUGCUGCGGGACCCUUCUCAGAUUCCAGAUGGAGUUCUAGCAAAUCAGGUCUAUCAGUGCAUUGUGAACGACUGCUGUUAUGGACCAUUGGUGGACUGCAUCAAACAUGCCAUUGGUCAUGAGCAUGAAGUGUUGCUGAGAGACUUACUUCUAGAGAAAAACCUGUCCUUUCUGGAUGAAGAUCAGCUCCGUGCUAAGGGCUAUGACAAAACACCAGACUUUAUUUUACAAGUACCAGUUGUAAUGCUUUGUCCCUUAGCUGUAGAAGGGCACAUAAUUCACUGGAUUGAAAGCAAAGCCUCAUUUGGUGAUGAAUGUAGCCACCACGCCUACCUGCACGACCAGUUCUGGAGCUACUGGAAUAGAUUUGGGCCAGGCUUAGUCAUCUAUUGGUACGGAUUUAUCCAGGAGCUGGACUGCAACCGGGAGAGGGGCAUCCUGCUCAAAGCCUGUUUUCCCACGGACAUUGUCACCUUGUGCCAUAGCACUGCGUGACCCCACAGAUCCUGGAAGAGAAGCUGGGUGGAAGAGGUGAAUCCGCAAGCAGUUUACUUUCCUGCAGUGUAAACUCCUGGCAGCAUAUGCCCUGAACUUCAGCUGAACUCUUGCUGUAUGGCCACACUGCUACCUCUCUAGACAAACAUAUCAGGAGUUUCUGUUUUCCUUCAUCCCUUGCUGAUGCGAACAGCCAAGAACUACAGACACAACCCACUUGUUAUCAGCAUUUCUGUCUCUGCCAAACAGUUAGUUUAUAUAUAGUCACAAUCUUUCUUCCUUCCGGAUGGUUUCUCCUUGUAUAGUGAACAAAAGAAAAAACGUGGAGACUGAAAGGUGUGAUUUUGCAGUUCUCGUCUCAGUCACCUUCUCAUUUUUUUUCCCUAAGCCUCCGUUCAUCCUCUCUCCCUCCCCCUUUCUUCUCAACACAUUUUCAGAUCCCCAGUAGCAUUGUCAUCGGGGAAUAACCUAGAACAAACCUAGACAAGUGGCAGAUGUGAAGCUGGAACGGGUUUUCCCUCUCACCUGUGGGCUUCAGCAUACCUGAUCGCAGCCUGCGCUGCGCCUUAGCCCCGUGCAGUCUGGACAGUGUCCUGGCUUCGGCGGCUGAAGGCCAAACUGCAAAAGUACACUUGACGAGAAUUUCCGCUUUGAUAAGGCUUAUUUGAACACCAAACAUUUUACAUUUAUCUCAUUUAAAAGUAUUAGUUAUGUCUGGAAACCACACGCUUUGGCUUGAGGCUAAGAGGAAGGAUUGAAGCUAACAGCGCAUGCUGUCUAGAGUUUAUCUUUAAACAUGAUUAGUUGUCAGUGCUCUGCUAGCCAGUAUUUUUAUGAAUAAGAAAGCACAUUCUGUAGUACACUGCUUUGUAUCUGCAUUUUAUAGUACAUAAUUAUAUAACACUUGAAUAACUUAGACAUUAGAAAUGUUUGGCUUUGAAUGAAUUAACUGUAACAAAAAUAAACCUAGGGAAAUUUUACAUAAGCAAAAUAGAUUUUAUAUUUACUCACAUUAAUUUAUUCACUUCCGUAUACUUCAGACCAGACUUCAAUCUAAAGGAAAAUGUCAAGAAGUUAAUUUUAAGCAUAUCUUUUAAGAAAUUAAAAAUUAUCUAUUUCAGAAAUGUAUUUAGGAAAAUAUUUGCAUCCAUGCUUGUGAAACAUAACUUUUUAUAUUGUCAAAUAGAUGAUUUUGGAAAUAUUAAUAAAAAUAUAACUUUUGCAAA